GCGAGAGACUCCGCGCGGCCCAGGAAGCGAGCGCCGCGUCAGACAGGCAGGCUGGGCCGGGGGCUGCCCUCGACCCCCGAGCGUGACCCGCAGUACCCCGCUCCCCAACAACCCCCAAGAUGAUGAAGAGGCAGCUGCACCGCAUGCGGCAGCUGGCCCAAACGGGCAGCUUGGGACGCACCCCUGAGACUGCCGAGCUCCUGGGCGAGGACCUGCUGCAGGUGGAGCAGCGGCUGGAACCCGCCAAGCGAGCGGCUCACAAUGUGCAUAAACGGCUGCAGGCGUGUCUGCAGGGCCAGAGCGGGGCAGACAUGGACAAGCGGGUGAAGAAGCUUCCCCUCAUGGCUCUGUCCACCACAAUGGCUGAGAGCUUCAAGGAGCUGGACCCUGACUCCAGCAUGGGGAAGGCCUUGGAGAUGAGCUGUGCCAUCCAGAACCAGCUGGCCCGCAUCCUGGCAGAGUUUGAGAUGACCCUGGAGAGGGAUGUCCUGCAGCCCCUCAACAGGCUGAGUGAGGAGGAGCUGCCGGCCAUCCUCAAGCACAAGAAAAGCCUGCAGAAGCUCGUGUCCGACUGGAACGCCCUCAAGAGCAGGCUCAACCAGGCAGCCAAGAACUCAGGCAGCGGUCAGGGGCUGGGUGGUGCCCCUAGUGGUCAUGGUCACACCACGGCAGCCAACAAGGUAGAGACGCUGAAGGAGGAGGAGGAGGAACUGAAGAGGAGAGUGCUACAGUGCAAGGACGAGUACCUGGCCGACCUGUACCACUUCUCCACCAAGGAGGACUCUUACGCCAACUACUUCAUUCAUCUCCUGGAGAUUCAGGCUGACUAUCAUCGCAGGUCUCUGAGCUCCCUGGACACGGCCCUGUCCGAGCUGAGGGAGAACCACAGCCAAGCAGACCCCUUGUCCUCGAUGACAGCCACCACCUCCCCCAGGGUGUAUGGGGUGUCACUGCAGGCGCACCUACAGGAACUGGGCCGGGACAUCGCCCUGCCCAUCGAGGCCUGUGUCCUGAUGUUACUCUCUGAGGGCAUGAAGGAAGAGGGCCUCUUUCGUCUGGCCGCCGGAGCCUCAGUGCUGAAGCGCCUUAAGCAGACCAUGGCCUCGGACCCGGGCAGCCUGGAGGAGUUCUCUUGCGACCCCCAUGCAGUGGCAGGUGCCCUCAAGUCCUACCUGCGGGAGCUGCCUGAGCCCCUGAUGACCUUCGACCUCUAUGAUGACUGGCUGAGGGCUGCCAGCCUGAAGGAACCAGGUGCCCGGCUGGAGGCCCUGCAGGAGGUGUGUAGCCGCCUGCCCCCUGACAACCUCAACAACCUCAGGUACCUGAUGAAGUUCCUGGCACGGCUGGCUGAAGAGCAGGAGGUGAACAAGAUGACACCGAGCAACAUCGCUAUUGUGCUGGGGCCCAACCUGCUGUGGCCGCCUGAGAAGGAAGGGGACCAGGCCCACCUGGACGCGGCCUCCGUGUCUUCCAUCCAAGUGGUGGGCGUGGUAGAGGUGUUGAUCCAGAAUGCAGACACUCUGUUCCCUGGAGACAUCAACUUCAACGUGUCAGGCCUGUUUGCGGCCCUGGCGCCCUUGGACAAGGGCAGUGAGGGGCCAGUCCUAGAGGACCUGCCAUUCACCGCUGCACCUGACUCCGCUCCCACCACCACCCCAGCUCCAGCUCCGGCUGCAGUCCCGGCCUCCAUCAGGGAAAGGGUAGACUCGGAAGCGCCCCCCAGACCAGCCUCCCCUAAGGUCCACAGGAGCCCCCCAGAGGCCACAACCCCAGCUGAGGAUGCAGCUCGGAAGACCAAGCGCCCAGCACCUGCACGACCCACCAUGCCACCACCCCAGGUGGCCAGCGCCCGGUCUUCUCCUCCAGCUGCGCCACUGCCCCCUGGCUCCGGCAGCCCCGUCACACCCCGAGCUCUGCCCCGAAGGUUGGUUGGCAGCAGUCUCCGGGCCCCCACAGUGCCACCCCCUCUGCCACCUGUACCCCCACAGCCUGCCCAGCGUCAGAGCCUCAGGUCCCCAGCAUCCCCAGGGCUGGCCUCACUCAGCCCAGUCUCCCUCAGUGGGCCUGUGCACGUGGACUUUGGGGUGGCCAAAGAAGAAGGAGGGGGGGCCCCUGAAGCUCUUGAGGGGGUCCCCACUUCCCCAGCUCUGCCACCCCAACCCCGGCCCAGGAGCCUUGCCUCUGAGACUGAUUGAACAGGUGUGCCCUCCCUCUUUGCCUGCCGUGACCUCGCAGGACACAGUCCUUGCCUUUGCCCAUAAGUGCCUUGGUGCCCGCUGGGCCGGCCCCCACGGCCCCUGCAUGUUUUGACCUUCUCCUUGGGGACCUCCUCCUUGCCUGACCCCCCACUCUCUGGCAGGAUCCCAGGGGAACCAGUGGAAGGAAGGAGGGGCUUGUCUGUCCUUAGGGGAUUUAUUAUUUUUCUCUUGCCGACAUAUUUUUUUUUGUAAGGCUGGUCAAUAAAUUAUUUUGGACAAAACUGGA